AUGGCAGAAAAGAGGGAAGAGGUAUCGAAGAAGAUUGGUGUCAAGUGCAAACAUGUCCUGCGCCCCCCUGGAGGAGCCUCCAAGACCUCUUUCGGCAAUGACGAGGAAAGGCCCCCCAAUCGCGAGAACAAGCUGGCCUCCAACAUCUUCGCUGAACCAGAUGACCCGCACGCUCAUCGGAAGAACAACCCACCUGGUGGGAAUCCCACUGGAGUGCUGUGUGGAGAGCCCUUGGCUCCACUGAGGAGAUGUGCUGCCAAGUCCUCCUCCAACAACAUUGAAGACUCCAACGCCGGGGUGAGAUGACAGCUUAACACUGUGUGUUUGUGUGUGUGUGUGAUAAAUCUGGAAUUUCCCAUGUUAACAUGUCCUCAAAGUUAAACAAUAGGCAUUCCUUGUAGAGGAUUUUCUCUUUCACUUUGCUUUCAUGUAGUUGGCCUACUCCUUUCUGUUUUUCUUCUAAUAAUUUACUAUUUUCCCCUUCAUCUCCUCUUAGAAUGGAGACAAUGACACGGGGAAUGGUGUGGACAGGUUGUGUUUUUCUUGCUAACUUCCACUGUUGAGGAGUAUUUUUCUCCGCUCUGCUGACUAGUAUUUUUCUCCUC